AUGGAUGUUUGCAAAUAUAUAGCCACUCCAAUGGGAUCGGGGACAUAUCUUUAUCAGGACGAAUUUGGAACUCCAAUUGAUAUCACUAAGUAUCGAGGUAUGAUUGGUUCCUUGUUAUAUCUAACGACUAGUCGACCCGAUAUUAUGUUUAGUGUAUGUUUAUGUGCUCAAUUUCAAGCAUGUCCAAAGGAAUCUCAUCUCAUUGCUGUGAAGAGAAUAAUAAAGUAUCUCAAAGGAACAUCCAAUGUUGGAUUAUGGUACCCUAAAGGUAGUAUAUGUAGUCUUGUUGGUUUCUCUGAUGCAGAUUAUGUAGGAUGCAAAACGAACAGAAAAAGCAAGAGUGGAACAUGUCACAUUUUUGAAAAUUCUCUAGUUUCUUGGUCAUGUAAAAAGCAAGCAAGCGUGGCUCUCAGCACUGCUGAAACAGAAUAUAUCGCCACUGGUAGCUGUUGUGCUCAAAUUCUUUAG